UUCAACAUCCAAAAAUGGCGACGCUCAAAGAAAUCCUAACACGGCGGCCAGUGGCGGCGACGAUCCGGCUGACGGUGCCGGCGGGAGCCGCGAAGCCGGCGCCACCGGUGGGGCCUGCACUCGGUCAGUACCGGCUGAAUCUGAUGGCAUUUUGCAAGGAUUUCAACGCUAGAACGCAGAAAUACAAGGCGGAAACCCCAAUGGCGGUGACGAUAACGGCCUUCACCGACAACACGUUCGAGUUCACGGUGAAGUCUCCGUCGGUGACUUGGUACCUGAAGAAGGCGGCGGGGAUCGAGAACGGGAGCGGGCGGCCGGGCCACGUGAGCGCGUCGACGAUCACGGUGAAGCACGUGUACGAGAUCGCGAAGAUCAAGCAGAGCGAUCCUUACUGCCAGUACAUGUCGCUGGAGUCCAUCUCGAAGUCGAUUAUUGGAACUGCCAAUUCCAUGGGUAUUAAGGUGCAGAAAGAGCUUGAUUGAUUUCAUCAUUUUGAUUGGCUUGUUAGGGUUAAUUUUUGUUGAACAAAUUAUCAACUCUUGAUGUUAUGAUUAUAAAAAUGAAUGCUUCGUGCUUGUUGUUUGUGAA